CCUGGAGGAGAUGCUUCCCUUCCUCCGUGUUCAUAUGACCUCGUCCAGUCCAAUCCACCUCCAUUCAGCAUCUCACCACUAAUCCUCACCCCUCCCCCCCCUCUCCUCACUCACCAUGCUUUCCCGGUCAACCAUCUCUUCGGGCCUCCUCCGCCCCCUCUCCAACCCCGCCUCGUCGUACGCCGCCGCCCGUGGCCUCCUGCGCGUCCGUGGCCUUGCGUCCGAGGCUGGCCCUUAUGACGUUGCUAUCAUCGGCGGUGGCCCCGGUGGCUACGUCGCUGCCGUCAAGGCCGCCCAGCUCGGCCUCAAGACCGUCUGCAUUGAGAAGCGCGGCGCCCUCGGCGGCACCUGCUUGAACGUCGGCUGCAUCCCCUCCAAGGCCAUGCUUAACAACUCGCACAUCUACCACACCAUUGUCCAUGACACCAAGAACCGCGGCAUCGAGGUCGGCGAGGUCAAGGUCAACCUUGACAAGAUGCUCCAGGCUAAGGAGACCUCGGUCAAGGCCCUCACCGGCGGUAUCGAGUCGUAUCUCUUCAAGAAGUACGGCGUCGACUACGUCAAGGGCGAGGCCUCGUUCGCCAGCCCCGACAAGCUCAAUGUCAAGCUCCUUGACGGCGGCGAGACCCAGAUUGACGCCAAGAACGUCAUCAUUGCCACCGGCUCCGAGGUCACCCCCUUCCCCGGCAUUGAGAUCGACGAGGAGCGCAUCGUCUCGUCGACCGGCGCCCUCUCGCUCAAGGAGAUUCCCAAGCGCAUGAUCGUCAUUGGCGGCGGUGUCAUCGGCCUCGAGCUCGGCUCGGUCUGGUCGCGCCUCGGUGCUGACGUGACGGUUGUCGAGUUCCUCGGCGCUGUUGGCGGUGCCGGCAUUGACGGCGAGGUCGCCAAGGCCUUCCAGAAGUCGCUCCAGAAGCAGGGCUUCAAGUUCAAGCUCAACACCAAGGUCGUCAGCGGCCAGCGUGAGGGCGACGUCGUCAAGGUCAAGGUCGAGUCGGCUAAGGGCGGCAAGGAGGAGGAGCUUGAGGCCGACGUGCUUCUCGUGGCCAUCGGCCGCCGCCCCGUUACCAAGGGCCUUAACCUCGACAAGAUUGGCGUCGAGGUCGACGAGAAGGGCCGUGUCGUCAUUGACGACCAGUUCAACACCUCGGUCAAGAACAUCCGCUGCAUCGGUGACGCCACCUUUGGCCCUAUGCUUGCCCACAAGGCUGAGGAGGAGGGUAUCGCCGCCGUCGAGUACAUCAAGACCGGUCACGGCCACGUCAACUACGAUGUGAUCCCCUCGGUCGUCUACACUCACCCCGAGGUCGCUUGGGUCGGCAAGACUGAGGAGGAGCUCAAGAAGGCCGGCGUUGCGUACAAGGUCGGCAAGUACCCCUUCGCCGCCAACUCGCGUGCCAAGACGAACCAGGACACUGAGGGCUUUGUGAAGCACCUCGUGGAGAAGGACACCUCGCGUAUCCUCGGCACCCACAUCAUCGGCCCCAACGCAGGAGAGAUGAUCGCCGAGGCGUGCCUGGCCAUGGAGUACGGGGCCUCAUCAGAGGACGUCAGCGCGACCUGCCACGCGCAUCCCACACUGUCGGAGGCGUUCAAGGAGGCCGCCAUGGCCGCCCACGGCAAGCCCAUCAACUUCUGAGCGUCCCGUGAUAGUGUACCUUGUAUCUCUUGUGGCGCCGGAAGAUGACAGCGAGGAGGGGGCGCGCCGGCGCCUCUCGAUCCUCGCCCCAUUAUGAAUGCAUUGCUCGAUAGCGGGAAGUUGGUGGAGGUAAAAGGAGGAGGUGCUGGUGUCGAAGCGAUCUGUGGGUUACGGAGGUGGGCCAAAUGCAG